AUGUGCUCUACCUCAACUCCAUCUGAUUGCCAACUUGCUCCACUUCUUUCCGAGAAAGAGCUUGAUGCAAUCAAAGGAAAAAUCAGAUGUUUCAACAAGCUGAUGAAGCACCCGAGAGCGUCCCUUCCAGAGAUUCAAGAUCUCAUCGACAAUCUGGGAAUCUACUUGGAAGUUCUUUGUGCGAACGGUCCAAAAACUGAGGAAAACGUCGAGAAGAUGGAUGUCAUCAACAGAGCGAGACUUCUUCUGGAGGAGAUCCUCAUUCGUGUUAUUUUGAAAGAAGAAGAGUUGGAAGAUGUCAUGAAGAAAGUCAGCGAGUUAUACAGCUAA